CAGAGACAUCAUUGCACAGCAGAGAAGCAUAGAGGACCAAGAGCAAAAAAAAUAUUCAAAAACAUUUUAGGCGUUUUGCUACCUGUCCUGUGACGAUGGCGGUGACCAGGGGCAAGGAUUAUCUGGUGUGGUCCAUCUUCAGCCUGAUCUGUUGCUUCUGCCCGCUCGGCCUGGCUGCCUUGAUCUUCUCCAUAAAGUCACGCGACGCUAACAAUCAAAACGAUGCGGAUACAGCCGAGAAACACUCCCGCACGUCACUCUACCUGAACAUCGCGGCUUUGGUCCUGGGCAUCAUCUUGAUCAUCGUCAUUGUGGCUAUACAGAUUUCGGCGCGCGCCCACACAUAGCAGUCGUCCCCUCUGCCUGAGACAAGAGGAGAAUUAUCACACUGAUCCCCAUUAUGGAACCACUGUAUGCACCACAUGUACAUUAUUACCCAAUAAACCCCCAUGUUUGAUAUA